AUGAAGGAUAGCAUCAUCAACCCGCCGGAGAAGGACCCGAAUUCGAUCAUGACUGUAGCUGACCAAGGUCAGGGAGGUCUCGAGGAAAAAACCCGAUCAAAUUCGACCACUCAGUUGUCGAUUGCUCUGACAAAGGACAAUCCUGCCAUCACGACUCCCAAGCACAUCAGCAAGCAAAACCCUUCAAAAACCGCCGAGGAUGGCGCAAUGAAAGGUCGCUCGCUCUUCCCAUCUGAAGUUGCCCAAGGUCAGGUUGGCCUCACGGCCAAAGCUCGAUCGAACACCAGUCCCUUGUUGAUCGAUCUCACCAAGGAUAAUCCUGAUCCCACGAUUACCAAGAGUCAACGCAAGCAACCCCCCCUUCCAAAACCGCCGAGGAUGGCGCAGUGCAAGGACGGCCGCUCGUUGCCUACAACAAGAACCUCAAGGUGUCCAAGUU